AUGAACCACCUGUCCCUGAGUGAGCUGUGCUGCCUGUUCUGCUGCCCUCCAUGCCCCAGCAAGAUCACCUCCAAGCUGGCCUUCCUGCCCCCGGAGCCCACCUACACCCUCAUGUGUGACGAGAGCGGCAGCCGCUGGACCUUGCACCUGUCUGAGCGGGCAGACUGGCAAUACUCGGCGCGUGAGAAGGACGCCAUCGAGUGCUUCAUGACGCGCACUUCACGCGGCAACCGCAUCGCGUGCAUGUUUGUGCGCUGCUCGCCCAGCGCCCGCUUCACACUCCUCUUCUCACACGGCAAUGCAGUGGAUCUGGGCCAGAUGAGCAGCUUCUACAUCGGCCUGGGCUCACGCAUCAACUGCAACGUCUUCUCCUACGACUACUCAGGCUACGGGGCCAGCUCGGGGAAACCCUCUGAGAAGAACCUGUACGCUGAUGUGGACGCCGCCUGGCAUGCCCUCAGGACACGGUAAGUAAGGGGACGAGUGAGUGAGGGAGGGCGGAUGUGGUAGGUGAUGGUGGAGGAGUGAGAUGGCAAAGAAGUGGCUGUCUGUGACGUUGAUGUGUCCUACCAAGAGUUGUUGACUAUCUUUCCACCUAAAGCUCGAUCCAUGGCUUAAACGUCUUUAGUUGGAAAGCGAGGUGGAGACAGCAUUUAUUUUUCGUUACAUUGAAUGAUGUGUUCGAAAAUGUGUAGGCUAGGGGCUUUCUCCUCCACCCUCUACCCGGCCGCCCCCAAGGCAAUGGUUUUCUGUUCAUCAGUUCCUCUCGCCAUCCCUCUGGCCCUCCAUCCAUCUAUCAAUGAAUCGAUCCCCACGUAACCUCUAGUCUCCAACACUCCCCUCUCACUCCCCUCUCGCUUCUCUCAACCUCUCUUCCUCCCUUUGUCCUCUAUGACCUCCCCCUCUCCCGUUUUAUUUUCUCUUGCUAGCAUUUACUGGCAGCUCUGCUCUGGGUCCCAGGUGGGGUCCCAUACCAACACAGACACACACACACACACACACACACUUCCCUCUGUGGAUUAUGUGGUUAAUUUGCACAGGGUUGACUACCAAUGCCUUCCCCUCUGUCCUGUCCUUCAUUCUCAGCUGUCUUUUAUGAGUGUGUCCGAGCGUAUGCGAUGAUAGGCUACAUAUUGUUUAUGCACAGUUUUGGGGGGAAUAAAAGUUCAUCCAGACUUAUUUCCUGAAUUAUGACAACAAAUCAAAGCAACAAACAAAUGAGUCAGAGAAUGGAAGGACCAUCCAAAGACAAACAGGAAGAGAGUAACACAGUGCCACUCUGGCCCAAAUUGCCCACCGUGAUGACAUUGACUAGAACAAGUGGUCUUCCAUAUAAGGUCUGGGAGUAAAGUUAAACAGGAAACGAUUACCAUACAGGGACUAGCAAGCAUACAGCAGGACAUACUGUAGCUGGGGCUGAGAAACCCAUAUGUGUGGUUGUCCUGCAAAUCUCACAUCCUUUUGACUGUAGCCAUUCUCUUCUGUUGCUACACAUAUUACCUGUGUGUGUGUGUGCUUUGUGUGCCAUUUUCCUCUCGUCUUAGCCUACUUGUUCCUUCUCCAGCUGUACACACACACACACACACACAAGAAACAACCACAGUCCUGUGGAAACGCACACACACACUGUCACCCGUGACCGGCUCAGAAAAUCAGCUUUAAAAUGUAAUUACGUCAAAGCACAACAGAAUCAGGCUUGAUUGAAUUAUCCUCCAUGUGGUGGGGGUGGGGUUAGAGAGAGAUGGAAUGGGGGUGGGGUUAGAGAGAGAUGGAAUGGGGGUGGGGUUAGAGAGAGAUGGAAUGGGGGUGGGGUUAGAGAGAGAUGGAAUGGGGGUGGGGUUAGAGAGAGAUGGAAGAGUAGGAGAAAAAACAUUAACAUCUUCUGAUGAUUUCAUUGGAUUGUAAAUUACACAAUCCUUUUAUUGCUAUGGUAGCCAACAGUUUUUGUUUCUUGGACACACUGACCUGAUUUCUCUCUCUUGCUUCAGUCCUCCUCUCUUCCCCCCUUUUGUCCUCUAUGACCUCCCCCUCUGCCCUGCUUUUGAAAUCUGAUUCAUAUGCUGCACACUGCUUUCUGUUUGAAGCUGCGACUGUCUCUGUUGCCAAUAAAUUGAUAUCGAGCGAUAAUUCCACUGACGGAUAUUCAAUACAUAGGGUGAAAAAAGUUCAUCUCAAACUUCUCUGGACACUUGCAGCCAUUCUCAUGAUGUGCCAUUAUUGUCACAAUGUAAGAAAUCAACAUUUGAAGAAUAUUUCAUGGACAGUAGUUUUUUUGGAUAGUAAUGUAUGAGAACUCGGUGUGAAAAAAUUUGACUUUCAUUUCCCUGCUGUAAAACAGUAUAUCGACAGAUAUAUCUGUAUCGGUAAGUUUUGUCCCCCAAAAAUCGGAAUCCGUAUCGGACCCAAAAAACGCAUAUCGGUCGUGCUCUAGCUUUUGGUGUGUGUCUGGGUCAUCUAUAAAAAAAAAAAUAUAUAUAUAUAUGGGGGUUUUCUCAUGAUUUCUCAUGGCCCAUCAUAUAGGCUAGCUACCUGUUAACUAACUGAGGAAGGUUUCAAGUUAAUGUCACAUGCGCAAGUACAGUGAAAUGCUUUUCUUACAAACUCAAACUCAACAAACCCUACAAUGCAAUAAUAAAUAACAAGGUAAUACUAGAAAAAACACACAAGAAAUAUGAAGAACACAAAGACUUACUGUUGGAAUGGAAUAUGAUUGCGGAGUGAUUUAAUAAUGUGAUGUGGCUAAUACCCCUACAAAUCAUCUGGGAUAGACAAUCUGGACCCUUUCUUUCUAAAACUAGCCGCCGAAAUUGUCGCAACCCCUAUUACUAGCCUGUUCAACCUCUCUUUCGUAACGUCUGAGAUCCCCAGAGAUUGGAAAGCUGCCGCGGUCAUCCCCCUCUUCAAAGGGGGUGACACUCUAGAUCCAAACUGUUACAGACCCAUAUCCAUCCUGCCCUGCCUUUCAAAAGUUUUUGAAAGCCAAGUCAACAAACAGAUCACCGACCAUUUCGAAUCCCACCGUACCUUCUCCGCUAUGCAAUCCGGUUUCCGAGCUGGUCAUGGGUGCACUUCAGCCACGCUCAAGGUCCUAAACGAUAUUAUAACCGCGAUCGAUAAUAGACAGUACUGUGCAGCCGUUUUCAUUGACCUGGCCAAGGCUUUCGACUCUGUCAACCACCGCAUUCUUAUUGGCAGACUAAAUAGCCUUGGUUUCUCAAAUGACUGCCUCGCCUGGUUCACCAACUACUUCUCAGAUAGAGUUCAAUGUGUCAAAUCGGAGGGCCUGUUGUCUGGACCUAUGGCAGUCUCUAUGGGGGUGCCACAGGGUUCAAUUCUUGGGCCGACUCUUUUCUCUGUGUAUAUCAAUGACGUCGCUCUUGCUGCUGGUGACUCUCAGAUCCACCUCUACGCAGACGUAGAGGUGGACAUUUUGUAUACAUCUGGCCCUUCAUUGGACACUGUGUUAACAAACCUCCAAACGAGCUUCAAUUCCAUACAACACUCCUUCAGUAGCCUCCAACUGCUCUUAAACACUAGUAAAACUAAAUGCAUGCUCUUCAACCGAACGCUGCUUGCACCCGCCCACCCGACUAGAAUCACUACUCUCGACGGGUCUGACCUAGAGUAUGUGGACAACUACAAAUAUCUAGGUGUCUGGUUAGACUGUAAACUCUCCUUCCAGACUCACAUUAAGAAUCUCCAAUCCAAAGUUAAAUCUAGAAUCGGUUUCCUAUUUCGCAACAAAGCCUCCUUCACUCAUGCUGCCAAACAUGCCCUCGUAAAACUGACUAUCCUACCGAUCCUUGACUUCGGCGAUGUCAUUUACAAAAUAGCCUCCAACACUCUACUCAGCAAAUUGGAUGUUGUCUAUCACAGUGCCAUCCGUUUUGUCUCCAAAGCCCCAUAUAAUACCCACCACUGUGACCUGUACGCUCUUGUUGGCUGGUCCUCACUACAUAUUCGUCGCCAAACCCACUGGCUCCAGGCCAUCUAUAAAUCACUGCUAGGCAAAUCCCCGCCUUAUCUUAGCUCAUUGGUCACCAUAGCAACACCCACCCGUAGUCUGCGCUCCAGCGGGUAUAUCUCACUGGUCAUCCCCAAAGCCAACACCUCCUUUGGCCGCAAUUCCUUCCAGUUCUCUGCUGCCAAUGACUGGAACAAAUUGCAAAAAUCUCUGAAGCUGGAGACACUUAUCUCCCUCACUAACUUUAAGCAUCAGUUGUCAGAGCACCUUACCGAUCACUGCACCUGUACACAGCCCAUCUGAAAUUAGCCCGCCCAACUACCUCAUCCCUAUAUUGUGAUUUAUUUUGCUCAUUUGUACCCCAGUAUCUCUAUUUGCACAUCAUCUCUUGCACAUCUAUCAUUCCAGUGUUAAUACUAAUUGUAAUUAUUUUGCACUAUAGCCUAUUUUAUUGCCUUACCUCCAUAACUUGCUAAAUUUGCACACUGUAUAUUAUAUGUAUUUCUGUUGUAUUUUUGACUUUGUUUUGUUUUACCCCAUAUGUAACUCUGUGUUGUUGUUUUUAUCGCACUGCUUUGCUUUAUCUUGGCCAGGUCGCAGUUGUAAAUGAGAACUUGUUCUCAACUGGUUUACCUGGUUAAAUAAAGGUGAAAUAUAAAAAUAAAAUACAGUCGGCCUAAAUUACAAAUACAGGAACUAGCCCUAUAUAUUGAAGUUAUCAUGGACUCUCAGUUCUUGCGUCCAAAGAUUCAUUUUAUGUAGGCUAGCCUAUUUGAGAAUAGUUACAUUUCUACAAGCCCAUCCCUCCGCUUUUGACCCAGUGGCAGAACUGCUUUAGACUGAAAAAACGAAUUAAGGAUUGUUGUGGCUUUAACUGUGGCUUUGGGUGGGUUGUCUGGAUUUGCAUGGCUGCACCACCAUUAGCUAUUAGGGGUGUUUUGUGUUUGCCACUUCAGUGUAGCUCCAUAGAUAAGGAUUAAAUAUUCAGGAAGCCAAUAUUGAACUGAACAUCACAAUCUGGCUUAUGGCUUCAGACAGUAAUGUGACACUGAUCAGCAGAGCUUUCUCUCUGGCAGUGUUAAACUGCACAUGAGUGAGGAGUAGUCACUGCCGGUUUCCAUGCCUGAAGGCUAUGAUAGUUUGGACGUCUGUGGGACAGACAGCUCCUCUUUGCAUUGCAAAUUCCAUAACAGAUCUCAUUAAGUAUGAAGAAUGAAGCAGCAUCAACAGUUAAAGCACUGGCAUCCCAUCUACCAGCGUGGGCUCCCAUUGGUCAGAACCAGAGAAGAGAACCGUGAGACAGCACAACAUGGGUGGUGGGGUUUGUAGUCCAUGUUGAUUGACAAUAGCCUAAUAUACACUAUCAGGCGAGACGAGGCUGUGCUACUUUUAAUUUGGCCCAAGGCUUAGUAUAGCCUCGCUCUGUGCCCGAUUCGGGUGCUUCAAACCCUGCACGUUUUCAACUGGCCAGUGCUUGGUGUCUCCAACAUCACAUAGCAUUCCACCCCAAAUCUAUGCCAGGUUCUGGCGCACUGUCACCCAUCCACUGGUAAUCCAAAGAUCCAUGUAAUUUCUGUCCCAUAAUUGCCAAACUGACUGACACCCUCAAGGUAGAAGCUGACCCUAAUGGCAGAUCCAAGAUCAUCCCACCCUUCCCACAAGCCUUAUUCGUAACCAUAAAGAGGGCAAAAAGACACAGACCUCAGAUCAGCGCAAUGGGGAACUUUACCUCCACCUUGCUGCCUCUUAGCCAUGCCACUGCCAGACCCAAUUAUCAAUGCAACAUGUGAUCUUAUUCUCCAUUCUACAGGGAGCCCUGGCCUCCUUUAUUUAACAGUCAGAUGGUUAAUCUUGGUCCUGUGUUUCACUGCCCUGUGUUUGACUUGAAUUCCAGUUGCCUGUCAAAUGUCAAUCAUCUGAUCACAACGAUGCAAACAGUCACACAACUAAACUCACUGGGUUCAAACAGACACAGGUAUGAUAGACUUGACUCACUACAUGAGUGUGUUUUGCCUGUGGUUGACUACAGGUCAUAGCCUAUAUGAGAUGAGAUGUGUGUGGCAUGUGUGUGCUUGUGUGAAAGAAAGCUGUGGGCCUACUGACUUUGAACGUGAAUUAACUUGUUUCUAUUUAUCAUAUCAAAAAGCUCUCUCUCCAUGUCUCCCCUUUAGCAUCCUGCCGCUGUCUGUUUUAUGUAAGUGUGUUCCUCAUGCAAAUUAAAUGAGGGCUGGCGAUAGGGCUGUGGUGGUCAUGAAAUUUUGUCAGCCGGUUAUUGUCAUGCAAAAGUCUGCCGGUAUCACGGUAAUUGACCCUUAAUUAACAUAAACAUGUUUAGCAUCUCCAGGCCUCCACGCAUACAAGCCAGGUACAAGCCGUUGAUGCACGGCUUUGGAACGUUUACAUUUUAAAAAGUCUAAUAUACACCAUCAUAAUAAAUCCAUGAUUUAUUUUAGGCAGGUCUAAAGAAAUCAGUAUUAAAAAAUAAAUAAAAAAUAGUUUUCUGCCAUGUGUAAUAUGCGGUAGGCUAUGUAUUGUAUAACGACACAAUCCUUAUUUUAAUCUUUUUUUUUUUUCGGGCUUGGGCUCAUAUAUAGGCCUAUGCUAAUGCAUAAGCUCUAAUAUGCAUAUGGAUGUUUUGAAUUAGUCAUCACCUUAGAAAGUGCUGUCCAUUUUAGUUGUUAGGCUUUGAAACAACAUGUUUUUCACUCCGUUUCAACCUGUUGUUGAACUUGUUCUUCAAAUUGAUCAAUCACAUUGAGGUGAGUUUUAAAAGCAAGAUACUGUUUUGAUGAGAAUUGUUUGAUGUGAUUUUCAAUUGCAUUUGAAUUGAUUUCAGAGAGGAAAAUGGCACACAAAGCACAAGAACAGAGCAGCCUCCACACACACACACAGCUGGAAAGACUAUGAAGGACUUUGUGUGUGUUCCUAUGUUCUGGUGCAGGGUGAGGUCCUGUCUUACCUGAGUGUUCAGGUGACUCAGUCAUGAGUCAGCAGGUGUGUCCCACACUGUCAGCAGACAGCUUUGACCGAACACACACACACUUUAUUGGUACAUACAGUUGAAGUCGGAAGUUUACAUACACCUUAGCCAAAUACAUUUAAGUUUUUCACAAUUCCUGACAUUUAAUCCUAGUUCAGCCCCGUGUAGCUCGGCUGGUAGAGCAUGGCGCUUGCAACGCCAGGGUUGUAGGUUAGUUUCCCACAAAAUGUAUGCACCCACUAACUGUAAGUCGCUCUGGAUAAGAGCGUCUGCUAAAUGACUAAAAUGUAAAUGUAGCACAAAUUCCCUGUCUUAGGUCAGUUAGGAUCACCACUUUAUUUUAUGAAUGUGAAAUGUCAGAAUAAUAGUAGAGAGAAUUAUUUAUUUCAGCUUUUAUUUCUUUCAUCACAUUCCCAGUGGGUCAGAAAUUUACAUACACUCAAUUAGUAUUUCGUUGCAUUGCCUUUAAAUUGCUUAACUUGGGUCAAACUUUUCGGGUAGCCUUCCACAAGCUUCCCACAAUAAGUUGGGUGAAUUUUGGCCCAUUCCUCCUGACAGAGCUGGUGUAACUGAGUCAGGUUUGUAGGUCUCCUUGCUCGCACACGCUUUUUCAGUUCUGCCCACACAUUUUCUAUAGGAUUGAGGUCAGGGCUUUGUGAUGGCAACUCCAAUACCUUGACUUUGUUGUCCUUAAGCCAUUUUGCCACCACUUUGGAAGUAUGCUUGGAGUCAUUGUCCAUUUGGAAGACCCAUUUGCAACCAAGCUUUAACUUCCUGACUGAUGUCUUGAGAUGUUGCUUCAAUAUAUCCACAUCAUUUUCCUUCCUCAUGAUGCCAUCUAUUUUGUGAAGUGCGCCAGACCCUCCUACAGCAAAGCACCCCCACAGCAUGAUGCUGCCACCCCGUGCUUCACGAUUGGGAUGGUGUUCCUCGGCUUGCAAGCAACCCCCUUUUUCCUCCAAACAUAACGAUGGUCAUUAUGGCCAAACAGUUCAAUUUUUGUUUAAUCAGACCAGAGGACAUUUCUCCAAAAAGUACGAUCUUUGUCCCCAUGUACAGUUGCAAACCGUAGUCUGGCUUUUUUAUGGCGGUUUUGGGGCAGUGGCUUCUUCCUUGCUGAGCGGCCUUUCAGGUUAUGUUGAUAUAGGACUCGUUUUACUGUGGAUAUAGAUACUUUUGUACCUGAUUCCUCCAGCAGCUUCACAAGGUCCUUUGCUGUUGUUCUGGGAUUGAUUUGCACUUUUCGCACCAAAGUACGUUCAUCUCUAAGAGACAGAACACGUCUCCUUCCUGAGCGGUAUGACGUCUGCAUGGUCCCAUGGUGUUUAUACUUGCGUACUAUUGUUUGUACAGAUGAAUGUGGUACCUUCAGGCGUUUGGAAAUUGCUCCCAAGGAUGAGCCAGAGUUGUGGAGGUCUACACAUUUUUUUCUGAGGUCUUGGCUGAUUUCUUUUGAUUUUCCCAUGAUGUCAAGCAAAGAGGCACUGGGUUUGACGAAACUAUAGUUUGUUAACAAGAAAUUUGUGGAGUGGUUGAAAAACGAGUUUUAAUGACUCCAACCUAAGUGUAUGUUAACUUCCGACUUUAACUGUAUAUGGCAGGGUAUAGGGCGUACAGCCAGUAUCAGUGUUAUUGCAUUGAGGCCCAUAACCAGGGAGGGAGAAGGGAGGGAGGGAGUGGGGGAGGGUAUUUCUGGAACUAAAAGGGUUGGGUUUUGUCAGUGGAAGCCUGCUGUCGCUGUGAGGGCUGUCCACUCCUAUAGAAUAGUGCUGUUUCAUUUUCUUUUCACUUGGCCAUGUUCCAGCAGUCAAUCCUUCCAAGUCUAAUAUUGACUGGUAGCCUAGCAACAGAUUUCCAAUGAGGUUUCAGACGGAGACCCACUGCAGCCUCUGCCUCAGGAAGUGAAAACAACAAACUUCCUGAUCAAUCAUAUUAUUGAUUGGAGACUAAAUGAAGGUCCCUUCAGCCAGCAGCAAACACACACGUAGCCUAGAUCGCACGCACGCACGCAGCCUAGAUCGCACGCACGCAGCCUAGAUCGCACGCACGCAGCCUAGAUCGCACGCACGCAGCCUAGAUCGCACGCACGCAGCCUAGAUCGCACGCACGCAGCCUAGAUCGCACGCACGCAGCCUAGAUCGCACGCACGCACGCAGCCUAGAUCGCACGCACGCGCGCAGCCUAGAUCGCACGCACCAUAGUGGUGAUGGCAGCCAACACAGUAAGUCAUUUGUAAUGUCAUUUGGUAUGGGUAUGGGGCUACACAAUGGCAGCACUGUCCUCAGAGUCAUAGUGAGUGUAGCCACUCGAUCUUCAGUUCCGAUUGACAUGACUGGGGGCAGGAGAGAGAGCAGCUAUUAACGUACGUAGCACCAUGUCCUCUUCAGUAAAAAAUAUGACCCAGUAUAGAACACAAAGAACACGAGACCUAAUUAUCUUAUAGCCUAGCUGCUUCCCCCUUGACCUCUAUUGACAGUGGUUCUGUUUCUCUCUCCCCCUCUCUCUCUCUCUCUCUCUCUCUCUCUCUCUCUCUCUGUCUCUCUCUGUCUCUCUCUCUCUCUCUCUCUCUCUGUCUGUCUCUGUCUCUCUCUCUCUCUCUCUGCCUGCAUUAUAGAUUGGAUUGGACUCAGGGAAUACAUUUAUGAUUGGGUAGUGGAGAGCUUGUGUAACCAUGGAGCGUGCUCAGGGAGGUGAAGUGAGUUCAUGCCCUAAGUUGGCCUGGUAACACACACACACAAAGUCACUUGCAUUCAUAUCACCUGAUCCACUAGUGUUACAGUCCCUGACUGUACUUUAUAUCAUAUGUUUUACAUUAACUGUUGUUAUAAACAUUACACACGGUGUGUUUUGACAACCUUUUGAUAUCUUAGGUUUUGGCCAGCCUGUUAUAGCCUGGCUAGCCUGUCAUUAGAUGCAUUUGAUAUAGGCUAAAGAUUAAAUCCAGGCCUACUGUUUCACUGUUUAUGUGGGAAUGCUGGUGCUCAGAACAGUUGCCUGCAAAGAAGAGGCUGAAUUAAAAAUUCCUCACCCACAUUUCAGGAUUCUAGUUCUUAAUAUAGGCUAGUUCCAAUGGGCACUGUGCGCCUAUUAAGUCCACUCUGUCAUCAGAAGGUUUUGACCUAUUGGGACCUCCUGUGAGCCUCCACCCAUCAUAUGUCUUGUACAGUCCAGGCUAGGUUAGGCUAGGUAGAACUGGUGGUGUUUGUGUGAUAAGUCCUGCAGCGGUUUAGAGCCGGGGAAGUCAGCUGACUGGCUGUGUUGGUCACAUUCUCCAUAAUCAGCAGUGGAAUGCCUUUCUCGCUCUCUUCUCCUCUCUUUUUCUAUCUGUAUCUCUCUUUUUCUUUGGUCUUCUGCUUGUCCCACCACACCCCUUAUUGACAUGUCAAUGCUCCCACACCGACUGAUCCUAGACUUCCGCUCCCUCCUGACUACUGAACCUCUGACCUGAGUGGGGUGACUGGGUCAUGUUAAUAGAGACUGACUGAAUAACUGUGACUAUGUCAUCAUCAUCCUUAUCUUGACUAGGUCUACAUUCUUAUCAUCGACAUCCUACCUUGUCAUGGUCCUUACUCAUGGUAUCAGGAAAUUGAUGCUGUGUAGCUGAUGAUAAUGUUUAACCUGAGAGUGUUCUGUGUCUCUGCCCCCAGGUACGGUAUUAGGCCAGAGACCGUGAUCGUGUAUGGUCAGAGUAUCGGUACAGUCCCUUCCGUGGACCUGGCGGCACGCUACGAGAGCGCCGCGGUCGUCCUGCACUCCCCCCUCACCUCUGGCAUGAGAGUGGCCUUCCCAGACACCAAGAAAACCUACUGCUUUGAUGCCUUCCCCAAGUGAGUGACACACACACAGCAUAAAGCAGUCAUGUUUGAGUCACUCUGAACUCAAAUGCUCCAUCUGGUGGUCCUUGGUUACUGCCAGGUUAUGGAGAAUCGUAGGACUGUGACUGUCAUGGAAUUUUGGAUGACGGUUAUUGGUCAGCCAAAUGACUGUGGUCACCAUUAUAACCCUUCAAAUAACCUUUGGAAAUGUGCGUAUUUUCUCAUCUCCUCCACUCCUGACUGCAUGUGCUGCCAUAGAAAUGGAAUGAAUAGAACAGGUGUCCCCAUUCAAGUCAAUGAUGGCAUAAUGGGUGGACUGGUGGCCAUUGCGAGUGUACCCAUAGAGCAAAGCAGGAAGUGUACCCAUCAAUAUGUGCUGUGAUAUGUUGAUUCAACUCAAUUGACAUUACAAAAAAUACAUUCCAUUGCAUGAGCCUACUACAUUACCAUGGAAAUUAUUGCAACACAAUACCAGGCGGCCAUUGCGAUUGUACCCAUUAAUUUUAUUUUUUUAGAUGGCCAUUUUAUUUUCAUAACUGUUGGUUAUACAGUAAUUGUGCCAGCCCUAGAGAAUUGCGCUGUUGACAAGUCUAAAAGGGUAAACUGCCUGCUGUUGAAAUGACCACAUUGGGUUAUUUUAAAUCCUGUUCCUGUCAUCUGUUUCAUCAUUGCUUGGAAAUUAUACUUGCCUAACACUUCCCUUCCUCUUUCCUCUGUGUUCCGUCCCUCGUGCGUGGUGCAUCCGUCCAUCUAAACUCGCCUUGCCUCAAAGUAUUGACAAGAUCUCCAAGGUGACGUCUCCAGUGCUGGUGAUUCACGGGACAGAGGAUGAGGUGAUUGACUUUUCCCACGGCCUGGCGCUGUACGAGCGCUGCCAGAGGCCCGUGGAGCCCCUGUGGGUGGAGGGCGCCGGCCACAACGAUGUCGAGCUCUAUGGACAGUACCUGGAGCGCUUGAAACAGUUUGUGGCCCAUGAGCUCGUCAACUUGUCAACUUGA